AUGCCACCAAAAAAGAAAACGGAGAAUACAAGUACCAUUCUCAAGUUGAAAAGAUAUACAUCUACUUUUAUAUUAACGAUUGAACCAUCACACUCAUUAGAGGAUAUCAAAUAUCAAUUGUGUAAUAUUAUCAACAACUCGGGAGGAUUACCUGCAAUUCAAGACCUGGAGGUGAAGAACGAAGAUGAAGAAGAUAUUGCAGUCCCAAAAUCAGAAUACAUCGAUGAUGUGGAUGAAAUCAAGGAAGAAGUACAAGACGAGUCGGCCAUAACUAAGGUACUGGUAGAUGAUAUACGAGUGGCCUAUCCAAAAGAUUCAACUCAGCCUUAUUCCAAUAACUGGAUUGAAUUGAGUGAAGAUAGUGAUAUUGCUGAAUUAAGUUUAAAGGAUUUCGAUAUAUUGGCUUUUGCAUAUGGUUCGGAAGAACAAAUUGAAAUUGUUGAACCAGCUUAUGAAGAAAACUAA